UAAUCUUCAUCGCAUUUUAUACAGUGAAAUGCUCAUGGCUGUUUUCAAGUAUAUCAUUUAAAGUGAAAUAAACUCAAAAAGAAUGUCGCUUUCAACAGCACGUUCAUUCCUGUCCGAGGCUUGUUAUGGCGAACAAGAACUUGACGCCAAUUCCGCUCUUAUGGAGCUGGACAAAGGGUUGCGGUCGGGUAAACUUGGAGAGCAGUGUGAGGCUGUGGUGCUUUUCCCAAAACUCUUCCAGAAAUACCCGUUUCCAAUCCUCAUCAACUCUGCAUUCCUGAAACUGGCAGAUAUCUUCAGACUUGGGAAUAACUUCCUGCGUCUCUGUGUGUUGAAAGUAACACAACAGAGUGAAAAACAUUUGGAGAAGAUCCUCAAUGUGGAUGAAUUUGUCAAACGGGUGUUUUCUGUCAUCCAUAGCAAUGACCCUGUGGCCAGGGCCAUCACACUGAGGAUGCUUGGUAGUUUGGCCUCCAUCAUCCCAGAGAGAAAAAACGCCCACCACAGUAUUCGCCAAAGUCUCGACUCUCAUGACAAUGUGGAAGUGGAAGCUGCCAUAUUUGCAGCUGCAAGUUUCUCAGCACAGUCAAAAGACUUCGCAGCUGGAAUUUGCAACAAAGUCAGUGAAAUGAUUCAAGGUUUAGACACACCCGUGGAGCUGAAGCUGAAGUUGAUCCCCAUGUUGCAGCACAUGCACCAUGAUGCCAGCUUGGCGUCCAGCAGCAGGGAGCUCCUCCAGAACCUGGUGAACUCAUACCCCUCCACCCCCAUGGUCAUCGUCACCCUGCACACCUUCACACAGCUGGCUGCCUCCUCCCUCAUAGACAUCCCCAAACAGUUACAGCUCCUUCUCCAGUAUCUGAAAGAUGACCCAAGAAAAGCUGUCAAAAGGCUGGCAAUUAAUGACCUAAAGCUCCUGGCUAAAAAAGCUCCUCACCUGUGGAUCAGAGAGAAUACUCAGACUCUGUGUGAGUGUGCACUAACAAGCCCUUACAUCAGUUUGAAGCUGGGGAUGUUGGCCGUCAUUUCCACUUUAUCUGGAACCAUCGCUAUAAAGCAGUAUUUUAAUAUGACAGGUACGUCUUCAGUUCCUCCUCGGCUCACUGACCUGGUUAAACUGGCACAAGAAUGCUGUUACCAUAGCAACCUGGCAGUGGCUGCUCACGGGGUCAUAGUUCUGUCCAACAUCGCCAUUUCCUGUCCUGAAAAAGACAUAGUGCAGUUGGAGCAGGACACGAUUUUGGGAGUAGAGUCUCUUUUGAUGCUUUGCAGUGAAGACAGCAGCCCCAGUGCCCAGGCUACACUGAAAACGGCCCUCACCUCAUUAGUUAAGCUGCUGAAAAGUCGACCCCAUCUCAGCCAAUCAGUUGUGGAAUUCUUGCUGGGCCAGCUCCACUUAUCUUGCGACUCCUCUCGGGUCCUCAUGUGCCACGCUCUGGCGGCUAUCACCACCCACCUGCCCGUCCUGGGUGACGGGAUGCUGGGAGACCUGGUGGACCUCUACAGAGUGGCCAGUCACUCCUCCACAGACAAACAGCAAGAGCUUCUGGUUUCACUGGCAACAGUCAUUUUCGUUGCCAGCCAGUCGUCUCUGACGGCCGAGGUGAAAAGUGUCAUCAAACAGCAGCUGGAGAACGUGGCGAAUGGAUGGACGGUUUAUCGCAUCGCACGGCAAGCUUCACGCAUGGGCUGUCAUGAGUUCUCCAGUGAGCUGUACCAGAGUCUGCGGACCCGUGUGGCGUCAGAGCACUUCUACUUCUGGCUGAACAGCCUGAAGGAGUUCUCCCAGGCAGAACAGUGCCUGAGUCACGUGCAGGACGGAGACUACAGCGGAGCCAUGAGCGCCAUCGCCGAGGCCCUGCGCUCCUACCAAAAGGGCAUCGCUUCCCUCACAGCUGCCAGCACUCCCUUGAGCCCGCUCACCUUCCAGUGCGAGUUCAUUAAGCUGCGGAUCGACACUCUGCAAGCCCUGUCACAGCUCAUUUGUACAUGCAACAGCUUGAAAACUAGCCCUCCUCCCGCCAUCGCUACCACCAUCGCUCUCACCUCAGGAAAUGAGCUGCAGCGCUGCGGUCGCAUCUCCAUGCAGAUGAAGGUAUGCAUGGACGAGUUUAGAAGUCUUGCUGCUCGCUACGCUGAUUUGCAUCAGUCGUCAUUUGAUGCUGACUAUGCCACUCUGCGCAACGUGGAGCUACAACAACAGAGCUGUUUGCUGGUCUCCCAUGUGAUUGAGGCUCUGAUACUGGAUCCGCAGGCCGCCAGUUUUCAGGAGUACGGGACCCCUGAUUCGGUCCAAACUGAGAGUGAAUAUGAGCGGCGCAUGAUGUCAGUUUUCAACCGAGUGCUGGAGGAAGUGGAGGGUCUGACCAAGAAACACCCUCCUGUUUCAUAUCUGCACACAGGUUGUCUCUGUGAUGCUGUCAUAGCUCUGCUCAAGGUCCCACUGUCUUUCCAGAGGUAUUUCUUCCAAAAACUCCAGUCUACCAGCAUUAAGCUCGCUCUCUCUCCAUCGCCACGGACACCCAGUGAGCCAAUCCCAGUUCAGAACAGUCAGCAGCUGACUCUGAAGGUGGAGGGUGUGGUGCAGCACGGCUCCACCCCAGGCCUCUUCAGGAAGAUCCAGUCUGUCUGUCUCAAUGUCACUUCAGUUCUACAGAGCAAGACAGGACCUGACUUUAAGAUCGCGCUAGAUGCCAAAACUAACGAGAUCGAGCAGCGCGUCGAACCACACAACGACUACUUCAGCACCCAGUUUUUGCUGAAUUUCUCCAUUCUGGGCACGCACACUGUAACCGUGGAGGCCUCUGUGGUGGACGAGAGUGGCACCGAGUGGAAAACCGGACCCAAGACGACGGUGUCCGUGAAAUCCCUGGAGGAUCCGUACUCCCAGCAGCUCCGCCACCAGCUGCAGCAGGGAGGACCUCAGCCUCCGCCGCAGAGGGGCCCGUACACCCGCUUCUAGAACACACGUCCUUGAUGUUCGAGUGUCAAAACAACCGCAGCUCUGACCUGUUAGAUCUUGAAAUUGAAAAUGUCUGUAUGUAAAUGUUUUUUUUUUUAAUGAUUAAAAGACCAGAAGAACUUAU